CCAGUCCAGACAACCAGCCUCCAGCUGGGGCUAGGGAGAGGGGAGUGGAGAGGUGCGGCCCCCCCACGCCCCUUCGGGGUGGGGGGCGCGGGCUCAGCGUUCCGAGGACCCAGGAAUGCCCCCCCACUCACCCCCCCGGCAGGCGGGGCGAGGGCUCAGCCGGGAGUUUGGCAAACUCCUCCCCGCGUUGAGUCAUUCGCCUCUGGGAGGUUUAGGAAGCGGCUCCGGGUCGGUGGCCCCAGGACAGGGAAGAGCGGGCGCUAUGGGGAGCCGGGCACCAGGGUUCCCUCUCCACACCGGGCAGCUGCGCUGGGGGCCCCGGCGCCGACCCCCGCUGCUGCUGCUGUUGCUGCCGCCGCUGCUGCUGCUGCUGCAGCCGCCACCCAGGGUUGGGGGCUUCAAUUUAGACGCGGAGGCCCCAGCAGUGCUCUCUGGGCCCCCGGGCUCCUUCUUCGGCUUCUCGGUGGAGUUUUACCGGCCGGGAACAGACGGGGUCAGCGUGCUGGUGGGAGCGCCCAAGGCUAACACCAGCCAGCCUGGAGUGCUGCAGGGCGGUGCCGUCUACCUCUGUCCCUGGGGUGCGGGCUCCGUACACUGCUCGCCCAUUGAAUUUGACAGUAAAGGCUCUCGGAUCCUGGAGUCAUUGGUGUCCAGCCCAGAGGUAGAGGAGCCUGUGGAGUACAAGUCCUUGCAGUGGUUCGGAGCGACAGUUCGAGCCCAUGGCUCCUCCAUCUUGGCCUGUGCCCCUCUGUAUAGCUGGCGCACAGAAAAGGAGCCGCUGAGUGAUCCCGUGGGCACCUGCUACCUCUCCACAGACAAUUUCACCCGCAUUCUGGAGUAUGCACCUUGCCGCUCAGAUUUCAGCUGGGUUGCAGGACAGGGUUACUGCCAAGGUGGCUUCAGUGCUGAGUUCACCAAGACUGGACGUGUGGUCCUGGGUGGACCAGGGAGCUAUUUCUGGCAAGGCCAGAUCCUGUCUGCCACCCAGGAACAGAUUGCAGAAUCCUAUUACCCUGAGUACCUGAUCAACCUGGUGCAGGGGCAGCUGCAGACCCGCCAGGCCAGUUCCAUCUAUGAUGAUAGCUACCUGGGAUACUCUGUGGCUGUGGGUGAAUUCAGUGGUGACAACACAGAAGACUUUGUUGCUGGCGUGCCCAAAGGGAACCUCACCUAUGGUUAUGUCACCAUCCUUAAUGGCUCAGACAUCCGAUCCUUCUACAACUUCUCAGGGGAACAGAUGGCCUCCUAUUUCGGCUAUGCAGUGGCAGCCACAGACAUCAACGGGGAUGGGCUGGAUGACUUGUUGGUGGGGGCACCUCUGCUCAUGGAGCGGACUACUGAUGGGCGGCCUCAGGAGGUGGGCAGGGUCUACGUCUACCUGCAGCACCCAGCUGGCAUGGAGCCCACACCCUCCCUCACCCUCACGGGCCAUGAUGAGUUUGGCCGGUUUGGCAGCUCCUUGACCCCCCUGGGGGACCUGGACCAGGAUGGCUACAAUGAUGUAGCCAUUGGAGCUCCCUUUGGUGGAGAGACCCAGCAGGGAGUGGUGUUCAUAUUCCCUGGGGGGGCAGGAGGGUUGGGCUCUAAGCCAUCCCAGGUUCUGCUCCCCCUGUGGCCAAGUGGCCACACACCAGACUUCUUUGGCUCUGCGCUUCGAGGAGGCCGAGACCUGGAUGGCAACGGAUACCCUGAUCUGAUUGUGGGGUCCUUCGGUGUGGACAAGGCUGUGGUGUACAGGGGCCGCCCUAUUGUCUCUACUAGUGCCUCCCUCACCAUCUUCCCUGCCAUGUUCAACCCAGAGGAGCGCAGCUGCAGCUUGGAGGGGAACCCUGUGGCUUGCAUCAACCUUAGCUUCUGCCUCAAUGCUUCUGGGAAACACGUUCCUGACUCCAUUGGCUUCACAGUGGAGCUCCAGCUGGACUGGCAGAAGCAGAAGGGGGGAGUAAGGCGGGCACUCUUCCUGGCCUCCAGACAGGCAACCCUGAGACAGACCCUGCUCAUCCAGAAUGGGGCUCGGGAAGACUGCAGAGAGAUGAAGAUCUACCUCAGGAAUGAGUCAGAGUUCCGAGACAAGCUCUCCCCAAUUCAUAUUGCUCUCAACUUCUCCCUGGACCCCCAAGCCCCUGUGGACAGCCAUGGCCUCCGGCCAGUCUUACAUUACCAGAGCAAGAGCCGCAUAGAGGACAAGGCUCAGAUCUUGCUGGACUGUGGAGAAGACAACAUCUGUGUGCCAGACCUACAGCUGGAAGUGUUUGGGGAGCAGAACCACGUGUACCUGGGUGACAAGAACUCCCUGAACCUGACUUUCCAUGCCCAGAAUGUGGGUGAGGGCGGUGCCUAUGAGGCCGAGCUUCGGGUCAUAGCCCCUCCAGAGGCUGAGUACUCCGGACUUGUCAGAAACCCAGGGAACUUCUCCAGCCUGAGCUGUGACUACUCUGCUGUGAACCAGAGCCGCCUGCUGGUGUGUGACCUGGGCAACCCCAUGAAGGCAGGAGCCAGCAUCUGGGGGGGCCUUCGGUUCACAGUCCCUCACCUCCGGGACACCAAAAAAAACAUCCAGUUUGACUUCCAGAUUCUCAGCAAGAAUCUCAACAACUCACAGAGCGAAGUGGUUUCCUUCCAACUCUCAGUAGAGGCUCAUGCCCAGGUCUCCCUUAAUGGUGUCUCCAAACCUGAGGCAGUGCUGUUCCCGGUGAGUGACUGGCAUCCCCGAGACCAACCUCAGGAGGAAGGAGAUGUGGGCCCUGCUGUCCACCACGUCUAUGAGCUCAUCAACCACGGCCCCAGCUCCAUUAGCCAGGGCAUGCUGGAGCUCAGCUGUCCCUGGACUCUGGAAGGUCAGCAGCUUCUCUACAUGACCCGGGUGACAGGACUUGCCAACUGCACCACCAGUCACUCCCCCAACCCACAGAACCUGGAGUUGGAUCCAGAAGGUUCAGAGCACCACCGCUUACAAAGACGGGAAGCUUCAGGACGGAGCCCAGCCUCCCCAGGACCUCAGAUCCUGAAAUGCCCUGAGGUGGAGUGUUUCAGGCUGCGUUGUGAGCUUGGGCCACUGCACCGGCAAGAGAGCCGAAGUCUGCAACUGCAUUUCCGAGUCUGGGCCAAGACCUUCCUGCAACGGGAACACCAGCCUUUUAGCCUGCAGUGUGAUGCUGUGUAUGAAGCCCUGAAGAUGCCCUACCGAAUCCUGCCUCAGCAGCUUCCCCGAAAGGAACUUCAGGUGGCCACGGCCAUGCAGUGGACCAAGGCAGAAGGCAGCCAUGGCGUCCCACUGUGGAUCAUUAUCCUAGCCAUUCUCGUUGGCCUCCUGCUCCUGGGGCUGCUCAUCUAUAUCCUCUAUAAGCUCGGAUUCUUCAAACGCUCCCUCCCGUAUGGCACCGCCAUGGAAAAAGCUCAACUCAAGCCACCGGCCACCUCUGAUGCCUGACUCCUCCCAGUCCCAGACUCCCAAUCCUCAAGGCCCAGUCCCCCCCACCCUCAGUUUACUGACUGGGAGGGGGCUGGGCACUUUCCUGAAGGUGCUGAGGGCCAGGGAGAAGCUCCUCUCCCCAGCCUAGAGACAUACUUGAAGGGCCAGAGCCGGGAGGUGAGGAGCUGAGGAUCCCCUCCCCCCAUGCACUGUGAAGGACCCUCGUUUACACAUGCCCUCCUCAUGGAUAGGGGAACUCAGAUCCAGGGAUAGAGGCCCCAGCCUCCCUGUAGCCUUUGCAUUUUGGAGAACGUUUCCUGAAAACAACUUGGAAGUAGCCCUGGGGAAUCCGAUCCCAGUUCUCUGGGCCAGAUGUGCCACCAGGACUUCCUGUCCAGCUCCAGACUGCAAAGAUCUAUCCUCAGUCUUGCCAGAGAUCACAGGAAGCCCCCAGCUAAGAACCUGGAAUCUGGGGAGUGAGACUUGGAAGCUCUGGACAGCCCCACCCUGGUGGGCCAGCAAGAACACUAACAGUGGAUGGUGCCCCAGGCCCAGCUCAGGACAGAUCCCAAACAAGGAUCAUGCUGGCUCAGAACCAGCUCCAAGAGGACUCAGAACUCUAAUGGGGCCAGAUCGAACCUGGGGCCUGGGGUUGAUCUGGGACCCAGACUCAGACGUUGGUAACCUAACCAGGCAGAUCCAGGAUUACAUUUGAGCCUGUUCCAGACCUGGGCCGGGAGGCCCAAUCCACCUCUGACUUGGGAAAAGUCAGGAAUCACCCAGAACCCUGAAGGGGCCAUGAUGGUAACAGAUCUGGAACCUCAGCCUGGCCAGGCACAGGCUCUCACAGUCCCCCAGGAAAAGGGGAGCCCACUGUCCUGGGCCUGCAGGAUUUGGGUUCUGCCCACUAGCUGCACUGACGCUGCCCCUUUCUCCCUGCCCACCCCGCCCCCGUUCAGCUCCGGACAUCCGGGACUUAUUUAAACUAUGUUGCAAGUGCAAUAAACCCGGCCCUGUGCCCCCACUGACCAGA